AUGCCUUCAGAGUGGCACAGGCUACAAAUAUUGGAGGCACUUCCUCCGCUACUCUUUCAAUACUCAUGGACCCGGCAAGGCUACGAGCUCUAUGUGACAGAUCUGACCUCGAUUUGGUCCGAACAGCUACCACAUGCGCGAAUCGUGAAGCGAGCAGAACAAACUAUCACUACGAUUGAUCCUAGCGAGGGCGCCGAGCAGCUAGAGGUCUUUCUAUCGAAAAUCGGGGAAGCUCUACGAGGCGACAGAGGCAACGCAAAGCUACACAAUGGACCCCACACCGAUUCGCUCGAGCUCACAACAAGCACGAAGCUACCAGCCCCGCUGAAGCCGCUAAAAUGGACCCUAUACCUUGCGAAAGAGCCCCCGUCGGCUUUGACCGACCGAUUAUUGCUCCCAUUGCUGAGAGACGAGACCAGUUGGGAGUCUCGGCAACAGGCCCUCUUAGACCAGAUCAAACAGAAGGAUUGGGUCCUUGGGAAACUGUUUGACAAAGUUGAAGCCCUACAGAUCGACCUGGGAACCGUAUUUCCCGCAGCAGCAGGGCUACGCUCAGCGCGCAAAGGAAGUACACGAGCGGAAGCAGCCAGGCAUAUCAAAGGCGUUGCGCCGUUUGAUGAGCAGAAAUGGCUUGCCGAGUCCGGGGUAUCUUCAUCUGCUAUCUCAGGCGUGGCUGCAAAUAUAGCCCAUGAACUGCUUGGAUCUAACAAUCAGGGUCUUGAGGGUCUUCAUCCGCCGCGAAACAAUUGGUGGAACACGCUUGAAAGCCGCCCAGCAACUUCUUUCUCCCAAGAGAAUGAGUCAGAAGCUCAACUCGUAACACAGAAAGACGCACAUAUUGUAUCCUCACAAGCAGACGUAGAUUUAGAUGGUGAUACUACUGCAGAGAGUGAAGAUGAGAGCGAAGAUGAUGAAUUCCAGCGACAACCGACUCCUCCCCAAUUCAAGGCCCAAGAAACCAAAUCUGCAAUCUCCCGACCAACUAGGAAGGCGAAAAAGAAAACUCCUUCUCCACCACCUCCAGUAUCGAUGGCGGAUAUGUCUACUGCGUCUGAAUCAGAGCCAGAUCUCGAUUCUAGACCUGAACCAGCGCCACGACAUAAGCGUACACCAGAUAUCUCUCCUCCACCAAGGCCUGCAACACCGCCACCCCAGCCUAAAGCCCCUCCAAGGAAAGCAAGAGGAGGCCUCGGCGUUAUUAGAGGAAAUAAGAAGAAACAAGAAACGCCAGAGCCAGAGCCAGAGCGGCAAAACUCAUUUUCACCACCUCCCAAACCAGCCCAGACCACCGAACCUUCACAUCCACUUCCCACGCAAACUAAGCGACCUAUGAAGCUGGGGAUGAUAGGCGGAAAAAGCAAAGCCAAAUUACCAACUCCGAGCGAAGCACCUUCUGCCCAGCCAGAGUCCGUUCUUCGUUCUCCUGAAAAUGCGGGCCCUUCAUCUACAACGGCUAUAAAUGACUCUUCAAAAUCACCAGAAAAGGCUGCACAGAUGAAGCAGCAAAAGGAGGAAUCGCCAGAAACUAGCACUGUUCCAGAAGCGACACCUAUGACGGAGGCCGAGAAAGCUAAUCGGAAACGAGAAGAACUGAAACGACAGCUGGAGGCGCAGAGUAAAGCUCCUGCGAAGAAGAAACGGAGGUUUUAA